UCAGACGCUUAACCAACUGAGCCACCCGCUCGCCCCUAUUUGAAGUGAGUUUAUAUGUUGCUUCCCUAGAAGAUUGUUUUUCCGAAGACUUGGACAAGUUUAUACUUCCUGGGGCAUGGAGCCAAGUGUAACGCACACACGAAGCAUAUACUAAAGCAGUGGCCAGAGUGGUGCCCUUCAGAACCGCAGCACACUCACUUCCAGACAGACUUGGGCAGAUAGUAUUGGUCCCACCUGGAUGGGCCAGUCUGGUGUUGUUGUAACUGCACACCUGUGCGAUGCUUCAGAACCCAGCACAGAUGACCACAAGGACUUGGGGGAGCAUCGUUCAUGCACACACUGCAGCCGGAGCUGACCAGUCCACCCGAAGGGGCUUUCUACAGAGAGGUUUCUGCCUUAAAUGAGAUAGAAAUCACUGCAGGUUGUGCUGAUGGUGACUUGUCUGUUUCUCGAGACAGCCACCAAGAAGGCCCAGGCCACCAGGAGGAGCCUGCUGCAUGUCCCCUACGGGGAUGGUGAAGGGGAGAAACUGGACAUCUACUUUCCCAGGGAAGUGUCUGCAGGUAGGUGGCCAGGCAGGCGGUCCCGCAGCAGAGCUCAGCUGGCCAGGCCACCUGGGCUCAGCCCCCAUGCCUUUGUGUUUACAGCCUCACGUUUCUGUCUGUUCUUUCACGGAGGGUACUGGCAGAGUGGAAGUAAAGACACAUCAGCCUUCAUGGUCAACCCACUGACAGCACAGGGAGUGGCCGUGGUGGUCAUGGCUUAUGACCUUGCCCCCAAAGGUACCCUGGACCAGAUGGUAGACCAGGUGACUCGGAGCAUCGCAUUUGUCCAGAAGCAGUAUCCGUGCAAUGAGGGACUUUACCUGUGCGGGCACUCAGCAGGGGCCCACCUGGCUUCCAUGAUGUUCCUGACCAACUGGACCAAGCAUGGAGUCACACCCAACCUCAAAGGUUUUCACGGGAUUGCAGGUUUGGCUGGACAGCCAUCACCCUCCCCAGAUGGUCUGCACCCGGCGCACAAAAUCCCAACAGCCAUGGAGGGCUUGACAUGGGGCUUUGAGCCCUGUGAAACAGGCCUGCUUUGUGUCUCUACCCUUGCCCUGGUCUUGCCCCUUUGGCCCUGGAGGCUGGGCUGGCCCCAUAUUGCCCCCCUCCUCAGGGCUGGCUUGAGGCCCAGUGUGGAUGGAGUCUUGGCCCCACCUGCAGCCUGGCCCUCUGACUAUUCUUCACCUUCACAGGCUUUUUCCUGGGAGGAUGCUCAGAGGAACAGUCCCCAGCUGCUCCUGGAGGCGGCCGUGACGCGGCCCUCGGAUCCAGCCUGCCACGUGCUGGUGGCUGUGGGCCAACACGACUCCCCUGAAUUCCACCGACAGUCCAGGGAAUUUUAUCAGGUACCCCCAGCACCCUGCCUCUGGCCAGAGGUUGAGGGUCCUGUGCUCUCAUUACCUUCCUCUUUAUUUCACCAAAAGGGACCCCAAGACCACGAGCCAUUUAUUCAACAAAUACUUAGCGAGGGCCUAGUACAUGCCCGGUGUGGUGUGGAGCUCCCCCACCCUGCUGUCUCCUGCUUUGCUCAUUUCUCCACCCAGACACUGCGCCGAGGAGGGUGGAAUGCCUCGUUUGAAGAAAUCCAUGAUGUGGAUCACUUUGAAAUCAUUUGGAACCUAACCCAGAAGGACUUCGUGCUCACCCAGGUGGGGCACAUCCUUUCACUGUGGAGAGCGAGGUUGCCCCUGCACAGGAGAGGUGGGGAGGUGGGGAGCACGGAGGAGCCACUUUACUGGAUCUUUGGCCUCCAGGAGGCUGGGAUCCUGAUGGUAAGAAUUGAGUACCCCAUUAGCUUCCUCUACUUCACCCCCUUCUGAAAUGAGGUGAGCUGCAGAGUCUGCUCCGGGGCACACAGGUGGGAGCUGCAUGGGGCUUGGUGUGGAUGGGGACAGGCAUCAAUCUGGUGCAAGGAAAGUAUCAGCCUGUGUGUAAGCAUAAAGCAAAGCCAACUCCGGAUAGGAGAGGAUGGAUGGAUUUGGUUCAUUACAAUUUUUACAUGGAGAAUCCUUUUAAAAAUCAAACAUUACAGGGGCGCCUGCCUGGCUCAGUUGGUGGAGCACAUGACUAUCGAUCUCAGAGUCAUUGAGUUGAAGCCCCACGUUGGGUGUAGAGAUGACUUAAAAAUAAAAUCUUUUUAAAAAUCAAAUAUUACAAUUUUAAUGCGGAGAAUUUUUUAAAAGCCAAAGAAUAAACUGGGGGAAAUAUUUGCCACAGAUUUGACAGAUAAAGAAUUACCAAUACAGUUGGGUUUUUUUUUUUUUCUGGGAAAGUGGGUACGUCAUUAGCUUCACUUUUUAAUCAGCUGCCGCCUCAGUGAGGCUUUUAGAGCAUUCAGUUUUAACUCACAUAGUUAAUAUUCUUACUAUAUUAAAGAGCACUUUCAAAUCAAUAAGAACCAUUUUUAUUUCUAUUUAGGAAUAGAUUAUAAAGAGAAAAAAAUGGACAAGGAAUAAGGGAUAAUUUAAGAAAAAAUAUACAUGGCCCGUAAACAUGGGGGAAGAUUAAAUUAUACUAGUGAUCAUAGAAAUGUCACUUAGAAGGCCAGUCCUUUCCCACCUGUCAUGGAAAAUGUUCUAAUGAUAAUUACGCCCAGCCCUGCUGGAGAGGUUGGGAAGGGCUCCUCUUGAGUUCUGCCGGUGGGACCACUGUCUGGUGAUAGGGAUCCAAACCCACUGGCCCGGUAAUUCUGCUGCUUGGAAUUUCUCUUCAGGAUAAUCAAGAAAUACACAAAGGUAGUCUUCGCAGCUUUAUUAAUACUCAAAACUUAGACACAGCUGACAUGUCCCAGUGAGGUUAAAUGAUGACAUAAUUCAGUAACAGAAUGAAGUUUGUAAAGAUGAGUUAGGAUACAUCACAUUGUUUCGGAUGUGAGAGCUAAAGCACAAAAAGAAGUGACCCAACAUAUUCCCAGUUUAAUAAUACAUCGACAGCUAGACGCUUGGAGGCAUAUGCAUGUGUGUGAAAAAAACAAUUACUAGUGGUGACACACAGGUGUAUUUUAAAACAGGAACACGUAUUACUCUUCUUUUUUUAACUGGGGGAAAAACAAACACCCAUAAGUGGCAUCUUCUCUUGAAAAACUUAAGAAUCGGGGUCGUGAGUUCAAGCCCCAUGUUGGGUGUAGCGAUUACUUAGACUU